UGGAAAGUGGCCAGGAUGAGUGACUCGUGAACUCUGUUUACUUUCUCCGCUGGCAGUUUGUUUUCUCGGUGUGACCCAGCUCCACACUGACAGUGUAAAUGAGCGACUGGCAGCUGUGUGCUCUCCGCAGCGUUUAGGAGUUCAACCUCCUCCCCGAGACCGACAUGAAGCUGCUGGAAGAGCGGAUCUGGUCGCUGUUCAAGCGCCACUGGCAGCAAACCCUCACCCACUGGAGUGUGUUCUUCAGCUUCGGCCUGUGCAUCGCCUUCCUAGGACCCACCAUCCUGGACCUCAGGUGUCAGACCCAGUCCACCCUGCAGCAGAUCACCUGGGUCUUCUUCUCCCAGCAGUUCUUCCUGCUGGUGGGCAGCAGCAUGGGAGGACUCUGUAAGAAAACACCCGUGUUCUCCCUGUCAGCUCUCUUGUCCUCCACUCUCAUCAUCUCGCUCGUGUUUGCCAUCAUACCGCUUUGUCACCAUGUGGCAGGGCUGUCCGUCGCCAUGGCGCUUGCUGGCACAGCCAUGGGGGUGAUCGACACCAUCGCCAACCUGCAACUGGUGAAACUGUACCAGAGGGACUCGGCCAUCUUCCUGCAGGCCUUGCAUUUCUUCAUAGGCCUGGGAGCACUGGUCAGUCCUCUGGUGGCCGAUCCUUUCCUGGCAGAGGACAGCUGUGUUCUGGGUGCCAACUGGACCACCAACGCAUCCUCUUCCUCAGACCUGCAGCACCUCCGCAGCAGCCUCGCCGGGCACGGAACAGCACUGCACAACAUCUCCCAGUAUCCUCUGCACACUGAGGGUGUCAUCAUCACCAGAGUGUCCUAUGCUUUCUGGAUCAUGGCACUUAUCAAUCUCCCUGUGCCAGCAGCAGUGCUCGCAUUGAUGUACCAUGAGAGGUUGCUGCCUUGCUUCAUGAACAGUCCACGUCUCCUGGACAGGGACUCUCUGUCCAGCACGAGCCCCACUGGGGACAGUGGCCAUGGACAUGGGAAUGUGUUUGGUUGCUGUAACCUUGAGAAACUCCGUGGUCGCCCUGCUUCUUUCUUCAUCCUCCAUGCUCUAGGUGGAGCCAUCCUCUUCAUCACUGAUGGGAUUAUAGGCUCGUAUGCUGGUUUUGUCUACACCUAUGCUGUCUCCCCUCCUCUGCUGAUGGGUCACAAGACUGCUGGCUGUCUGGACAGUAUAUUCUGGGCAUCCAUCACAGCAGGAAGACUGGCUUUCAUCUACCUGUCCUACCGAUACACAGCACCCAGGUUGCUCACCUUCAGUCUGGUGGGAGUCAUGCUGGUACAGUGCAUGUUGUUGAUCUUCUACACAAGCUGUGUGUUUCUGUUCAUCGGUACUUGCAUGUUGGGACUGUGCAUCAGCAGUGUGUUUCCCUCUGUGCUGGCCUUUACAGAGGACAUACUAGACUACAAAGGUUGUGCCACAACUGUCCUGGUGACCAGUGCCAGCACAGGAGAGAUGAUGCUACAGCUGCUUGUUGGAUCGGUGAUCCACAGUCGGGGCAGUUACGCUUUCCUGUUGUGUUGUACAAUAGCCUCCUUCAUCGGCUUCUGCCUUUUCCUGCUGCUCCUCUAUGUCCAGCGGAUCCACACAAAAUGCCACACAGAUUCAUCUAUAAACACAGACAUGACAGAGAAGCCAAGGACAGGAGGCUCAUGAUCUGAGGCUCCCUGAGGGACCAGAGUACAGUGAGGACUUGGAAAGGCAGCAUGGAAUGACAUUCCCUCACAUUUCAGCAGUGCGAGUAUGAGCUUCUCCAGAUGAACAUUUAUGACCUAAAGGGAGGUCUACUUUCAAGCCUGAUGAUCAACAAGCAGUUCAAUGCAUGUACAAUACUUGAAUAAUUGUUUUUGGCACAAUCAUUUUUAAAAUUCUCAUAGCACAUAAUAGCUCUGCUGUAGCUUGAUUCAAAAGACACUUUAAUUAAUUAAUAUCUUUUCAGUAUGAAUGUGAAUGAGCUGGAGAAGUAAAUGGGUUCUGCCGUUAAAAUGUGACUCA